AUGCUUCGCGCAUCUGGAUACCAGAGCCAGACGUGUCUGAAACCAGUGUCGAGCCCGCAGCACGUGUCGGGCAACCGCGGGUCGGGAAGCAAUUCGGUCUGUCGGAAACUGUACCAUACCAUAGCUGUGUGGCCUCACCGUCUGGCCACUACAUUUGGAUGGGAUCCUGCCGGGCUUCAAGAUGUUUCAAGUUUGUGGUCAUAUGACUAUGGUGACUAUGGCCUGCCCUUCAAGAUCAUCGACAGGCGCCAGGUGAACCCCGGGCGCUCCAUCAAGAAAAGCAAAAUUGUCUGUAUGGGGCACGGAAAAAAGCAGGUAUAUUUGAAGAGUGUGAGAGUGGGCAAACAAAUUGGAGGUCGCCAACAGCUGGAGAAGUGGCAGAAAUGGGGCAGGGCGCCGCUGCCGGUGGUCCGCCUUUGCUUCGUCGGCCGGGGUCGCGCCGGAAAGACCACCACCAUGAGGCGGCUGAGGGGCGAGCAGCCAAGUCACGAGGAAGUCUCCACACACGGUGUGCACGUCUGGGCCGGACAGGCCCAAGAGCAUCUCUCGCAUAAGUGGAAGGAGUGCGAUGCGCGAAUGUACGAUGAGACUGCCCGUCGUGAGCUGAGGAGGAGGAGCGCCGCGGCAAGCUCCACGGACAAGCAAGAGGCGCUGGUCGAAAGGCAGCCAGCCCCACAGUCCCCAGAGAUGCCUCCGAAAGAGUCCGAGCCCGCGGAUGCGCCCGCAGGCGCUACGGCCAAGACAAGUCAGCGCGAUGCCGAGUUGAAGGAGGAGGCGCCUGAGACCGUGGGACCGCGGAUACUGGACGACCUGGCCUUGCAGUCCAGAGGAGAAGGCGAAGAUGCAGAUCCCGCGCUGCGGCCCAGACUCCAGUGCUGGGACUUCCCCGGCCAGCAGGCCUACGUCCUCUGCAACCUGCUCUACUUCCACGGCCGCGGCAUCUACGUGGUCUUCUGCGACACGAGCUGUGGCUUGGAGGAGGCGUGGCAGGAUCUAAAGUUCUGGUUGUGGGCGGUGGCCCAGUAUGCGGUGGACGCUGACGAUGGCUACGGUGGCUUGGCCUCAAAAUCCUCGCAGAGCUCUGAGUCGGCCCCCCCAGUCGUGAUCGUCGGCACCAAGUGGGCCAGUCGGCAUCCAGACUUCGACGAAGAGAAGAUGGAGGAGCGCAUCGACCUCUUGCUUCAGCAGCUGCCCCGCCUGAGCCGCCAACUUCAGCGAGUCGGGGACAACCUGGGAUGGCUGCAUCCGGUGGAGAACUUCUCCGAGAAUGCAGAAGCAGACAUCGGGCCCUUGCGAAGCAGUCUCCAGCGGCUCGCAAGCGAAGUCCUCUCGCCCAUUCCAGAAUGGGAAAGAACGGCGCCGGCAGGUUCUGCCACGCCAGCGCAUGUCGGACUGCAGGCAGAGCUACAUCCAGCAGCGUGGUUGCUUGCGCACGACCUGCUUUCCGAGCUGGGCGAGUCCUUCGAUCUCAAGGUCGACCCGAAUGACCUUGACGCCAGCCUUUCGCAUCCGCGCCAAGUCGGCGUAGAGGGGUCGGCUGUGCUGUCAAAGGACCUGCAAGGGACCCAUGCUGUGCUCGGGCACCGCUUCGUGGCCCCGGAGUCCGCCCAUGUGAGCUGGAAGAGCGGGCAUCAUGAUGAUGAGGAUGGGCUGAUGAUUGUUGUUCGGGUGCAGUGCCACUCGCUGCGACUCGAGCAAGUCGAAGCGUUACUUGGUGGCAUGAGGCCAAUCGGCAUUUCCAAAGAGGAGGUGCCCCGGGUGCUGCGCCUUCUACACUCCUUGGGGACGCUGUUCUGGUUCGACACAGAUGAGUUGGGGAGAUGCGUGGUGUUGAACAUCAGGAGGGUGGCAGUGGCGCUCUCCUCCAUCAUGAGCUUGCGAUUCUGGGAAGAGAGUGGCCUCGAACACGCGGAGGAGUACAAGAACACGAUCGAUGACGUCAGCAGGAGCAUGACCCAGGCGGUGUAUCGCUUCAAGACAAGCGGCAUCAUCACUUGGGAUCUCCUCAAGAAGCUGUGGGCCAGGGAAGGCAUCACCGAUCUGGAGAGGAAGGUCAUGCUGGAGAUCAUGGUGUCGCGAGGCCUCGUUCUGAGAAGGCUUGUCCAAGACGAGUUUACGGUGCCGUGCUGUUUGCCUACGGCCUUGAUUCCGGAACCUCGCGCUGCUGAGAGCAAGAUCUUCUACCUGGAUGUCGCUGGCUUCAUCUCGUCGAACCUGUUCCCCGAGAUUGCUGGACGACUCUGCAGGCUGAGAGCUGCGGCUGCUUGCAAUCGCAACAGCUCAGAAGGGCAGACUACACUGAGGCCCGGGGCACCCCAAAUCUUCCGGAACCGCAUGGAGUUCCGCACAGACAAGGAUGCCUUGGUCAGCAUCUCGCUCUUCCCGACCACCCCCCGCAUUCAGCACAAGCUCCUCCGUCUGGCGGUCACGCAGGCAGGCGCCCGUUCAGCCGAGGAGCUCCAGGCGGACAUUACAGUCCGGGACAUUGUGGAGGACCUUUGCAGAGCCAUGGGCCUGAGCAGCAAGUCGGUGCACGUGCUCGGGACCGAGGCCCUGACGCAGCACCCCGUGUUUCGAGGCGUCGAUUGCGACCGCAUCAAGGACGUCGAGGGCUUCGUCAGACGCACGCCUUGCCUCCAAGCCGACUGCAACGCCACCUGCGCCCAUUGCAAGCUGGCCGAGUUACUGGAAGAGCGCUUCGACGGCGACUUCAGUCAAGGCCUGCGGGACGCCAUCGAUCGCUCCUCCCUUCAGAGGCUGACACGUCCUGCUGGCAGCUUCCGGUUCCAGCAGGUGCUCCACCCCUGCGACGUGGACCUUGAGGAGUAUGUCGUGGUGAGCACGGUAAGCAUGCAGGCUACGGAUCUGAAGGAGAUGGGGGAGACACCGAAGGGAGCCGCGGGAGCCGCCAUCAGAGAAUUGAUGAAGCUGCUCCAAGACCUGUGCAAAGCAGCUUCCACGGCCAGCUCUCAGACGACUCUGCAUGUGGUUGCGCUAAAGGCCGGCAAGAAUCCGGCGAAGCCAGGCGAGUCUCUGAGCUGGUCCGUGAAGGAAGUGAUGGCAGGAGAGAAGAGGUGCCUUCAGAGUGCGGAGCCAGUGAAGCUGGAGGAUGCCUUGCAGCAGCAGGGGGGACGGACGGCCAAGAUCGACUUUUACGUCAAGUGCGGGCUUCUCGAGAGGAGCAUGGAAGAUGCGCCGCGCUUCUAUGAGCUCACGAACGUCAUCCGCUGCGGCUACGAUCCCGGCAACAGCUUGGUUCACCCGGUGACUCCCGAGGUUGACUUCCUUCAUGUGGUGGAGAAGGGCAUGCGUGAGUACUCGGGCCCGCAUCCCAAAGCCAUGAAGCUCGCAGCUCUCCUGCACAGUGCCCACGAUGAUGCGAAACGCCUGUGGGAGCACAGCGCGUACUUGGCCCAGCGGUCCAUCGACGGCGAGAAGCACCUGGCCGUGCUCCAGGCCCUGAAGCCGAUCUUCGGAGGAUGGCCGGCGCAGCUGGCGCAGGUCGCGGCGCAUGCGGAGACCCUCCGGGACAUGCUGUCGAGGACAAGCUUGCAGACAGAAGCCCUGAACGACAUUCCAUUUCUGAGCCGCUGCCUCAGACCUGCAUUCUAUAGGAACUCUUCAGACACGGAAGCUAGAUUGCUCGCGGUGCGUGCCAUGUGGCACCCAGGUGAAAGCUUGAGAAGGCUCCAGGUGCAGCUCAAGCUGGAAGGGCCCGGACGGGAGGCGGCAAUGGAUGGUAGCGCAUGCAUCGAGGAUGUCCUGACGAGACUUCAGCAGUUCCGGGAGGGUUCACAGGAUGUCACGAGCUUGCCGGCGAGCGUGUGGGAAGCUGUAUUGGAGCAAGUCCAUGAUGUGCUGGAGGGCUGCGUGGAGCUUGCAGUGGUCAACUGGCUUGGCAGCUCGCAGAACUUCAAGCACCCCAUCGUCGAGCCCCUCCGCGCGCUGUGGGACUUUCCCUCAGACCAUCCGCCCGUCGGGGCUCAGGUGGCCAUGAAGAUGAAAGCCAGAAGUGGUCAGGAGUUGCCGAGCAAGAGCCUCAGCGUGUGCUCAUGGAACGUCCUAAACAGGCACUACAUGAAGUUCAUCAAUGAAGACUUGCAGGGUCUCAAGGGCUCCCGCUUGCAGCAGAUAAGUGCCGAGCAGAGGGCACAGGAGAUCGUGGACGCCGUCAUGGAGAUGCUGUGCCACGAGUCGCAUCCGAAAGCCGUCCUCUGCCUCCAGGAGUGCUGGUCCGAGCUGCUCGACCUGCUGGAGAAGGAGCUGCUUGCGGUGGGCUUUGACAUGCAAUGCACAAGUGCAGACAGGAGCCAGAAGAACCAGGAGGCAAUCAUCUUCGAUAAGAGUUUGCUCGAGCUCCGUGACUUCCGGUGCUGCCCAUACGCGUCGGACCCGAAGAAGGCGGACCUUUUGCAUGACUGGGUGAAGAAGCUGAAUCAGCAUGUGCAUUCUGCAUCAUUCUGCAGUCUGUUGGACAACGGGGGAAAGGGGGGCGGGGAGGUUGUUGCCGUGGCUCUUUUUCGCUGGCUGGGAGAAGCGGGCGAUGAUGGCCAGUUCCGGGUCAUCACCACGCAGCUUGCCAUUGACAUUUCGUGUCUGUGGAACGCUAGCGCGAUUGGCCCGCUGCUCCGACGAACAGGCCCGACCAACAUCUGCGACGCGUCGUGGCUCCCGAAGAGGAUCGACAACAUCGCGUCUCUGUCGCCAGCUGGCCUCUUGGAGGUCAGAGCACUAGAAGCUGACGAAGUCCUCUCUGGCCUGCAGCGGGUCGUGGAUCUUCUGCGCUAUAGGUGCCUGGGCCUCGAUUUGCCUCCAGGCCCAGGGACACCAGGCCCCGCCGCCAAGCUUCGGGGCUCCCGCGUCGCCCACCGCAGUCAGGUCGUGGCUGCGCGAGCAAGGAUUCAGCAACAAGCGGAGGAGCUCGCGGCCACGAAAGCUGAGAGUAAGCGCCUGAUGCAGGGCGCAGCCGAGGAGCUCGCGGCUGCCAAGGCCGAGAUCGCGCGCCUGAAGAUGGGCGGAGCCGAGGCUGGCGACGUCCGUGGGACCGCCGGGAGUGGCGACCGCGUCCUCGGUGGCUGGAUGCGCCUCGCGGCUCUGCGCGACAUGCAGCAGCAGACGACUCGGGAGGAAGAGGUGGGGAGCUUGGAGCUGCCCUGCAUGAAGGUAGAUGCAUCAGAUGUGGAUCUCGCUCGGCGAGACUCUGAGUCUGAGUCCGCAGAACUCGUGAGCGACGGACCCAGCUUCGCGUCAGAUGUCAGAGUAUUGCAGAGUCUUUUCCCCUCCUCCCUCCAUACAUUCUCGCAGUUUCUGGCUGUCCCGGAAGGGAUGCCCAGAGAAUACCAGGGGAGCGAAGCUUGGAGAAGACUCCAACUUGAGCCGGCGGAUCUCGUGAAGCGAGCUCAGCCCAGUCUGUUAAUGCUGGAUACAAUCGAACAGCUCAGAGAGAUGGCUGCUGUCAUGUUCUACUGCCUUUGGGACACGGUGGGUCCACUGCUCUGGUGUCUAGGCGGAUCCCGGGAUGACGGUGGAAACUUCGAACACAUCCAGGGCAGCAGGGGCGCGGCUGGGGGCCUAGGAUGGCCUAGGAGUUUGUCCAUCCACCGUCUGUCCAUGGAGCUGUGGCCGGAUGUGGGCCCGAGAGCCGAGAGCCCCGAGCUACGAGCCAAGUGGGGGACGCCCAGGGGGCCAGGGACCCAGGAGAAGGUAGGUGCCUUCGCGCGGAUGCGCCAGGCCACGCUGCUGUCCUGCAUUGUUGAGCAGCUUGCGCACUACAUGAAGUUCAUCGAGGAAGACUUGCAGGGCCUCAGGGGCUCCCGAAUGCAGCAAAUAAGUGCCGAGCAGAGGGCCCAGGAGAUUGUGGACGCGGAGAAGGAGCUGCUUGCGGUGGGCUAUGGCAUACUACGCACAGGUGCGGACAGGAGCCAGAAGAGCCAGGAGGCAAUCAUCUACGACAAGACCUUGCUCGAGCUCCAUGACUUCCGGUGCUGCCCAUACCCGUCGGACACGAAGAAGGUGGCCGUGGCCCUCUUUCACUGGCUCGGAGAAGCGGGCGAUGAUGGCCAGCUCCGGGUCAUCACCACGCAGCUUGGCAUGGACAUUUCGUGCGACCGGUUAUUGCCGUGCUGCGGAAGUGUAAUUUUACCGCUAACGCGAGGCCGCCUCGGCAAGGGUACCGAGGCGAAUGCUCUUGGGGCGGCCUGUUAA